AUGCCGACGUUCGAUUCCGCCUCGGCCAUCGUCGGGGGCAUCGUGACCGGGCGCCACCUGCUCCACAUCGAGGGCUACUCGCACACCAAGGAGUUAUCCAUCAGGGGCUACAUCGAGUCUCGAUCCUUUCGUAUCGGGGGCCGCACGUGGUGCAUCUGGUACUACCCUAAUGGCAUAGACACCCAAGGAGUCGGGUACAUAUCCAUCUACAUCAUCCUCAAAGACGAUAUCCCCGAGCAUGUCUACGCGGAAACCACAUUUAAUUUGCUCGAUCAGGCAGGGGAGCCAGUGCCGGGGUACACCCAUACCCUACGCUUCAGCGAGUACUCGUUCGCCGGAGACGGCUAUGGCUUCAUUGAUUUCAUCGAGAAGGAGUUUCUGGAGGCGUCGGAGUAUCUCGUGGAUGACUGCUUCAAGAUCCGGUGUGACAUCUCUGUUUCGACGCAGCUGCGUACAGAGAACAGGGGGGCCGCGGCGUCUACACUUGCUGCGGCGCCGCCGUCCGAUCUGCAACGACAUCUAGGCGACCUCCUCGUGGCCAAAGAGGGCGCCGACAUCACGUUCCAAGUCGCCGGCGAGACAUUCAGCGCGCACAGGUGUAUUCUUGCAGCUCGGUCGCCGGUUUUCAAGGCAGAGUUCUACGGUGCGAUGAGAGAGAGCACCGCCACAGGGGUUUGCGUACGGAUUGAUGAUAUGGAACCUCAGGUGUUCAGUGCCUUGCUAAAUUUCAUAUACACCGAUUCGCUGCCGGAGAUGACGGGUCAAGAAGAUGUUGUGAUGGCUCAGCAUUUGUUGGAAGCAGCGGACAGGUAUGACAUGCAAAGCCUCAAGCUGAUUUGUGUGGAGAAAUUGUGCAUAUACUUAGACGCCAACACGGCUGCGACCACGUUGGUGUUGGCUGAACAGCAUCACUGCCACAGGCUCAAGAAGGCUUGCAUCGAGUUCCUUAAAUCUCCUCAAGCUCUGGAUGCAGUCAUGGCAACCGAUGGCUUUGACCACCUGAUUAAAAGCUAUCCUGCUCUUUUGAAGGAGUUGAUUUCCAAACUUGCCGCCCGUUGA